AUGGAAGCCAGGCUGCUGCUGGGCUUCUCACUGCUGUGGCUGUUUGGCCACCAUGUGCAGGCACAGCAGGCGUCACAAGCACAGUCGCAGUCGCAGACAUUAUCAAUAAACACCGCUAGAGGUCGGCUCAGCCUCUCGCAAUCACAAUCAAGUUCCUUAUCAUUCAGUGAUCCUCAAAACAUUCUUCUUAUGUUUGACCGCAUUGCAGAGCCAUUGUUUGUUCCUAAAGGAAUAGAAAACAGAAUUGUGUUCAAUCUCCCAACUGAGUAUCUGCCAUCACGCUAUCAGCCAAUAGCUUCAGAUUUAGCAGACAGAUGGGGUGGACCUUCAAAUAAAAUAGAAAUAGAUGUGCGGUCCAUCACACUGCCUGAUCUGUCAUUUCCCAUGAGCCUUGGCCGUAAAGAGAACUUCUCUCCAUUUAUACCACAUCAUCGAAGAAUGGCAGGAAGACUUGUAGAAACAUUUAUGGGAAUGCGCACAUAUGAAGAUUUUUUGUCCUUAUCAAUCUACUGCCGUGACCGCAUAAACCCAUACAUGUAUGCUUACGCACUGUCAAUUGCCAUCAUUCAUCGACCAGACACACGAAAUAUACCGCUGCCUCCUCUAACUGAAGUGUUUCCAGAUAAGUUUAUGGACAGCUCUAUCUUUGGACAAGCUCGUCAGGAAGCAAAUGUUGUUGGUGAAGGGAACAGGUUACCAAUAGUAAUUCCACGUGACUACACAGCAUCUGAUCUUGAACCAGAGCACCGUGUUGCAUAUUUCCGAGAAGAUAUUGGGGUUAAUUUAUUCCACUGGCAGUGGCAUCUGUACUAUCCAUUCUCUGGCUUACCAGCUCUUGUCAAUAAGAAUCGACGUGGUGAGCUAUUCUACUAUUUGCAUCAGCAGAUUACCGCAAGGUACAACUUUGAACGACUCAGCAACAAGCUUGCUCGUGUCAGGCGUCUACUGAACUGGCGUGAACCAGUGGAGGAGGGCUACUUCCCUAAACUUGACAAUAUUGUCUCCAGCAGAGUUUGGCCACCACGGCACUCAUUUGCCAACUUACGGGAUGUUAACCGAGAACUUGAUCAAAUUAAGUUUGAUAUCCUGGACUUGGAACGCUGGCGUGAUCGAUUCUAUGAAGCCAUUCAUGGUGGUUCUGUUGUAAAUGUAAGGAAAGAAAUUGUUGAUCUUACAGAAACAGAAGGAAUUGACAUUCUUGGUAACAUGAUGGAGGCAAGCUCACUGUCUAUAAACGCUAACUUGUACGGUGAUCUGCAUAACCUUGGUCAUGUUAUGAUGGGUUUCUGCCAUGAUCCUGAUGCAAGACAUCUGGAAACAUUUGGUGUUGUUGCUGAUCCAGCAACAAGUAUGAGGGAUCCUAUUUUCUACAGAUGGCAUGCUUUUGUAGAUGGACUCUUCCAGGCACAUAAGAGUGUUCUGCCAAGAUACAGUGUCCAGCAGCUCAGUUUUGAUGGAAUUCGGGUUACUGGAGUGGAGGUUGCAACACAGAAUCUACCGAAUAUACCAAGUAACGAAUUUGUCACAUAUUGGCAACAAAAUGAUAUCGAUUUGUCAAGAGGAUUGGAUUUUGCACCAAGAGGUCCAGUGUUUGUUCGAUUUACACAUUUGCAACAUGCACCAUUUGUAACUAGAAUUAUGGUUGAUAACACUGGUGGUCCAAGAAUAGGCACAGUGAGAAUUUUCAUGGCACCAAAGUUUGAUGAGAGGGGACUUCCAAUGUUGUUACGUGACCAGAGAACUCUCUUCAUUGAAAUUGAUAAAUUCUUUGUCCAGUUGAAUAGUGGCCGUAAUGUCAUACAACGCCGUUCUGAUGAGUCAUCAGUGACAAUACCAUUUGAGCGGACAUUCCGCAAUCUUACUGGAAUAGGAUCAUCACCACUAGAGCAGCAAUACACCUAUUGUGGUUGUGGAUGGCCACAACACAUGCUGAUACCCAAGGGUCAGCCAGAAGGAUUCCCUGUUGAGUUCUUUGUUAUGGUAUCAGAUGGCAGUCAGGACAGGGUGGAGCAGCCUGAUCCAGACGUUGGUUGUCGUGCGGCUCAUAGUUACUGUGGUCUGCACAAUCGUUUGUACCCAGAUAGACGUAACAUGGGAUAUCCAUUUGACCGGUUGCCACGUGAUGGUGUAAACACUCUGCGUGAAUUCCUGACACCAAACAUGGCCACAAUUGAUGUGAGGAUACGGCACAUUGAGACUGUUGUCGCUCCUCAACCUGGAAAUCGUCCUGGGAUCCCCCCAAAUUUUGGAUGAUGAAAAUGAACAUUACUCUCAUACUACUGUAUUAAACUUGCAGAGAGACAUGGUGUUUUUGCAGAAUUGUACUACACUUAGUUUUCACAGAAAAUUAUAAUACUCUUAAGACAUAUAUGUCAAUGGAUCACUAUGAGGUAGGCUCAAGGAGACGGGUGAUAACUAGUAAAACUUCCAGAGAAAACCUUUUUGUAGUGCUAAAAUACCCCACCCCCUUCCCCUCCCAAAUACAUACACACUGACAUUACCCCAUGACCCAUUGGUCUGGAUUUGGGAGCAGGAGUUGAAUAGGGGUGGAUAUGGGGCAUUGCUUGGUUUGGUCUGACAGAGGAAUACCACUUUGGGAAUGGUGAGAAGGAUAGUGUUGUCAAUUACUCUGUGCCUCUUUUACUAGAUUCAUAGUGAUUUAUCCUUGGAUAUAUAUUAUAAUUGCAUAUUUCCAUUGUAAGUUAUGUGAAACUCAACACAAUCAUGACAUUGCAUUUACAGUGUUUCAUUACUCAUUGUUAUGUAUGGUU